AUGGGCUUAAUGUACUUUGUUUAUUUAAGUGGUACUCGCAUUUUCGGAUGUCAUAAGUGUAGAACUCAUCUUUCUACGAGUGAUAGUAUCAUUUCAAAGGCCUUUCAAGGUCAACAUGGAAGAGCUUAUCUCUUUGACUCAGUGGUUAAUGUGGAGGAAGGGCCUUCUGAGGAUCGUCAAAUGACCACUGGACUUCAUACAGUUAAAGAUAUUUUUUGCUCUCGUUGUAAAGUAGUAUUAGGUUGGAAAUAUGAAAGAGCAUACGAACAAACUCAACGUUAUAAGGAAGGUAAAUAUAUUUUAGAAAAACAACUUCUUACAGAUGUCAAUUAA